UUAAUUUGGAGUCAGGACAAAAAUUCUACUCCUAUAUAUUGCGAAAAGAACUGAGCUGAAAUAAAAUGCGUUGUUGAUAAAAUUGUUGUAAAGUUUUUAAUCGCGGUGGUUUUAAAACUUUAUUUUGUUGAUUUUUAAAACUAGACAACGCUUGCUGAGUGACCGUGACUUAGAAAUCAGUCAUGAGUUACCAGAUGCAGCCAUCCUCACACAUGGUUACAAGUCCAUCAUCAAAUGAGAACUACUGUAACCUUCCUGAAGUGCCUUAUUCAAAUUCACAGCAAGAAGUAAUGAUGUGGCAACAAAAUACUUACAUGAGUGAUUCUGGAUUCAAUUCUGGCACAUCAACUCGUCGUCCUCCUUCUCUAUGUGGCAAGGAGAAUUUUGAUUCGAAUCAAACGGUUUACGACUGGGGCCAACCAGCUUUCGAUCAAGGUUUUAAUCAAGAACAAAUUUAUGAUGUAGACAUGAAACCAGAUCUAGAUCAGACAUCAUCCCAAUGUAUGCAGGCUUUACCUCAACUGCCAAAGGAAGGAAAUGAUAUCCCACCAACUCAGUUUGGUCCAGCUCAAACUACCACUACUCAACAAGUACCACCAGGGCCUUCUCAAAUGUUCAAGUUUGCAUUUUCUAACUGCUUAAAUGGUCAGGAUGACAUUGAUGUAACCUCCAAAAACACCAUUGCAUUAGUUAAGCUACUGAAAGAUAGUGACCAUGUCAUUGUAAGUCAGACAGUGAAAAUGGUUCAACAGUUUCUAGAAAAAGAUGGUGCUCAAGAAAUAGUGUUGAACACUCCACAAAUGGUGGCUUCAUUAGUGGAUGUCUUAAAUUCUUCCAGUGAUCUGGAAACUACAAAAUGUACUGCAGGAAUCUUGCACAGCUUGUCCCAAUACCAACCAGGUCUUUUGAGUAUUUACCAAUCAAAUGGAAUUCCAGCUUUGGUUAAGUUAUUGAGUGCUCCUGUGGAAUCUGUCUUAUUUUAUGCUGUUACUACACUUCACAAUCUCCUUCUGAACCAAGAAGGUUCUAAAGCAGCUGUUUGCAAAGCUGGUGGAUUGCAGAAAAUGGUGAUGCUUUUGAAGCAUAAUAAUGAGAAUUUCCUCUCUGUUGUUACUGAUUGCUUGCAGAUACUUGCAUACCGCAAUCAAGAGAACAAGCUUGUAAUCCUUUCCAGCGAUGGACCUGCUGAGCUGGUCCGUAUCAUGGGGACUUACAGCUGCAAAACUCUCCUGUGGACUACUUCAAGGGUUUUAAAAGUUCUCUCUGUUUGCUCAAGUAACAAGCGUGCUAUUAUUGCAGCUGGUGGUAUGCAAGCAUUAGCAAAGCACCUCAAUAAUCCAAGUCAAAAACUAGUAAUUAAUUGUUUGUGGACUCUGCGAAAUUUAUCUGAUGCUGCAACUAAACAGGGUAAUGUUGCAUCACUUUUGCAAAGAUUGGUCCAACUCUUAGGAAGCAGUGACAAGAACAUUGUCACCUGUACUGCUGGCAUUCUCUCUAACAUGACUUGCAAUAAUGAUUACAAUAAAGUGAUUGUCUGCCAAGCAAAGGGUAUUAGUGCAUUGGUGAAUGCCAUUUUAGAAGCUGGAAGUGAAGAAGAAAUCAUAGAACCGGCUAUCUGUACUCUUCGCCAUUUGACAUGUCGUCAUCCUGAAGCAGAAACAGCUCAAAACGCUGUUCGCUUGCAUUCUGGAUUACAGGCAAUUGUAAAACUUCUACACCCUCCUAGUAGUUGGCCUCUGAUCAAGGCUGUCAUUGGACUUGUGAGGAAUCUGGCUCUCUGUCCUAAUAAUCAUGAGCCCCUGCGAGCACUCGGCACCGUCCAUAUCUUGAGGAAUAUGCUCCAUUCUGUUUACCAAGAUGUUUUAAAAAACCGUGGUGGUCUGACAUACUAUGAAACACAACCUACUAUAGUUGGAGGGGUCAAAAUGGAGGAUAUUGUUGAAGGUACCCUGAGUGCAUUACUUAAUCUUUCUCGGAAUGUCAACUGCAGAGCACUUGUAAAGGACCUCAAUAUUAUGAACACUUUGGUUCAGAUUUUAUACAAAGAAAAUGAAAAUAUUCAAUGUAUUGUUGCUGGUCUCUUCUGCGAGAUUGCUUCGGAUCCAGGUGGCAUUUUGAUAGUUGAAUCUGCAGGAGCCGUUCCAUCUCUUUGCACCUCCUUGCGCUCCAAAAAUGAAGGAUUGGCUUCACAAUCUGCAUCUCUGCUGAUUCAGUUGUUUACUUUGAAGCCACAGCAAUAUCAAUUUUUGUCUACAGACAUGAAUAAGAUAAUGGGAAAGGAUGAUUCUGUCCCAUGGCAGGAAUUGCUUAAAAGCUCUUCUCCAAGUGUAACCCCAGAAUCCGGUUACCAGGAAAGCCAAGGUUCCUUUAAUUGCCCCUCUGGAUCAAGACCUGCUACUAAUCAAGCUUUUGAUCUUCAACCCAUACAAAACUCCAGCAUUCAAGAGCCAGAAGACUUGAACAUCAAGAUGGAUUUGGAUAUUCCCCCAGAUCUCAACUUUGACUCUGCUUUUGAUGCUCUGCAACCCAUCCUUCUCUCCCCUUCUUUGAAUGAAGGAGAUGCCUCUCAAGACUGGUUCAACUCCAGCCCCUUCAACUGAUGAAAUGUCAGUGAGAUGACUUGCCUUAUUUUUAUGCAUUUGAAAUCAUUAAUAAAGGAGUAUAUUUUAAAA